UCCUCCUCCUGUUUUAAAGUCGAGCGAGUGUCAAUUUUAUAGGUUAAUCGGUUUAAUUCAGUUAAUCUUAAGUAAUACAAAAUUACGAUAAUUGUAUUAUUAACUGCAACACAAAUCUUCUUUGACGUUACGAUUUAGUUAAAAGAAUAAAUAAAUAUUCGUAUUUUAAGGAUACUGAUACCAAAGUUAUUAGGUCUACUUUGAUAAUAAAUUGUAGGCCUAGGCUAAGGUAAUUUUCGUAAUGGCUGGUGCAACUCCAGAAAAUAUUAAUGCCGAGCAAGUUAAAUCUUUCCGAGAGUUUUUAACUUCAUACAACAAGCUGUCUGAAGUUUGUUUCACUGACUGUGUCUGGGACUUCACUACAAGGAAUGUAAAAAGUCAAGAGGAGCGCUGUACUCUAAAUUGCACAGAAAAAUACCUCAAGAUGGUUCAGCGGGUAUCACAGCGAUUUCAAGAAUUCCAAAUGGUCACAAAUGAGAACGCAAUAGCUGCAGCUCAAAAGCUUGGUGGUUCUGUACAAAGAUGAUUUUGAUGUUGUGAUGGUUUAAUUUUCCUUACCAUGUUGUUAAUUUGUUAUUAGUACAGUUAUAAAUACUUUUGUUUACACAGUAUUGUGUUAGUUUUUUAUUUUCUAGUUUUCCAAGUAAAGAAAUGUGUUUGGACUUU